AUGGCCCUGGCGGCGGCAUCAUUCGGCGUCGAGAUCCUGCAGCUUGACGCGGUCAACGCGGUCCUCGCCAGUGUUAUUAUUGAUGAUGACGUUACGGUGGAACGGCCACCAGGAAUGCACCAAACAGACAAGAUCCGGCUACUCCGGAAGGCCCUCAAGUGGGCACCUGAAGGUCCUCAAACGGGCACAUAUUAUAUGGCAUGA